AAUCACUUGAGUGCAGCUGAUGUCAAUGAAAAUAUUUGGGAAGCGAAAUACUCGAGAAAAUAUAAGUUUCUAAAGAGUAGUCGCUCGUUAACUGUGCAACAAGUUCCACAAUUCGAUGAGUGAUAAUUCUAAGAAUAUCUCAUGCUGGAAGCACUAUCGUUCUCGUCCUGCAAUUGUCGUAUAAAAGUGACAUUGUUCGAUACGAUAUUUUGAGAGAUGAAUAACAUUGAAAUCGAGGAUUUUUAUCAUCAUGAUUUCACGGCGGCUACAGAAUGGGAAGUAUUCAUCGCGAGAUUGGAAGAGAUCAUGCACGAAUGGAAGUUGCCUAGCACGAAGAUCGGCCCUUGUUUAAAAUCCGGUGACUUCGUCAAUUGCCAGUGGGAUGAAAAAUCAGAAAAACUUCAUUUCGCUGAUGCUGAAUUUACGUUGAAACACUUCCGAUUGAAAUUGGAUGGCAAUGACGUGGACAAUGGUUUAGAGGAGAACGAGGAGGAGAAAGUACAAUGUCAUAAAGAUGCAUUGAAUACGUCGAACGAUUUUGCUAGAAUUGAUGGGAAUCACUUGGAAAUAGCCCGGUAUUAUGGCAUCAGAGAUUUUUUGGUUUUGCAGUCCUCCAGAAAAGAUUCUGUGAUGGACGAAACCAAGAUCAAAAUUUUAGUCAGCUCACUGGCAAUCGCAGUAACUAAUGCCAACUGCGAUAUACCUACGUUGGUACAAGUACAAGAGCCAUGGCAGAAGAUGUAUCUUGGAACCAGUAUCGGGAAAGGAGUUUGUACUCACUUUGACAUGGUGCAUUUGAAGAAGAUACCUUCGCAUUGCAAAUACUUAACUGGACUACUUGCUCUCUUUAAACAAAAACUGGGAGAAAACUGUGGUUUAAGAUUGGAUCCUGUGAUGAUAUCUGUUCGAUUUUCUUACCUACUGAAAGAUUGGACUAGUAGCACGUGGACUCAGGAACCUCCGGACUUCGAUUUCAUGCAAGGGGAAACAUUGGGCGUAGCUGAACUUGGAAAACUUCCUUUUGGGGCGACGUACGAUCCCAUCGCUGAGUUACAUUUAUUUACCACGUGGCCUGAAGUCUCCGAGAACGUUAUAGUCGAUAGCGAAGGUUUUACGGACUUGGAACCACAGUUGGCGCCCGAAUGGUCCGUACAAGUUAAAAUGGUUUCAUCGCCGGCUUGCUUACUCGGCGAAUACCUAACAGACUUUUUACAUCUUUGUAACAAUCAAAGAACUUUGGUAGAUCUGCUAGGGGACGCAGUGAUCUAUACCCAACAGGAAGAUCAAGCGUUGAGCUCGGUCUUCAACAUCUUAACGGAGUCCAAAAUACCGACGAUAUCGACGGUCGUUAGUAAAGCGACUGCGAAGAAAAAUAAGAACCAAGUCGAAGGACCGAUACCGGAGGAAAUAUUAUUGUCUAUACUUUAUUUCCUCUUCCCCGACGCAGAGGAAAAUUCUAAAGCUCUGUACGGCGACGUGACUAUAUGUAACGUGGACGAGGACCAGUGGAAAGGCGUGAAGACGUGUGCAAUGGACAGCUUGGUUUGGCGUUUGUCGAUCGUCGCCGCGCAUUGCACACAUAAUCUCGGAGGCAUGACGGCAUUGGCUCAAUUGUGGUACGAGUUCGUGCAGGAAAUCAGGUUCCGAUGGGAAAGAAGCAUUCUCAUACCUGGGGUCAGUCCAGGCUUCCCGGAUUCCGUGCGGACGUGCAUACUUCAUCAGAAGCUUCAAAUGAUGAAUUGUUGCAUCGAGAAGAAGAAGGCGCGGGAAGAAUUAGCGCACAAAUCUCAAAGCUUGGACACAGACGAUUUCGAGACAGCAGAAUCGGAAGAAGACGAGUUUUUCGAGUGCACCAGCGAGGAACUUACUAACGAGGACGUGUCGACGGCAAGGACACAGCUGAAAGCGAAACAUCUAUUGUGGAACAAGCCUGCAGGAAGAUUAGCCAAACAUCCUUCGCUGAAGUUGAUCCAAACUGGAGAUCCUCUCUAUUUACCCGUGACGCAAGACCCUGUACCGAAGACGGAGGAUCAACUCGAGGAAGACGCUCAGGUGAUGAUGCAGCUCGGAACCGACAAACAGGCUUCGGAAAUGCGAGCCAGAUUGAUGAGCGCCUCGCUAUUGUCCGAUAUGGAGUCUUUUAAGGCGGCAAACCCUGGAGCAGUUUUGGAAGAUUUUAUUCGCUGGUACUCUCCGAGAGAUUGGAUCGAGGAUGACGGAACAGACGAGUGGGGCCAGUCUACAGGGCAUCUAUCCGCGAGAAUGUUGAUUCCCAAUAAUCCGUGGUCCUCGACCUGGAGCUCCGCUCAACCCGUGCCCGCGCAUCGGCAGAAACGUUUGUUCGAUGAUACGAGGGAAGCCGAAAAGGCUCUGCACUUCUUGAGCUCAAAACGGAUAGGGCAGAUCGCUCAGCUCCUCUUGCCGGUGUUGACUCACGCGUCUCUUUACACUUUGAGCGAACAGAAGCAAGACGCUUUACCGAAUAUAAACGACGUUGCUCUCAGCAUACUGAAUAAACUGCAGUACGCUACCAAGCCUAUUCACCAGAAAUUGCAUAUCUACGAGGAAAUUAUUCGAGACAUAGAAGGUGUAGAGGCCCUCGUGGCGCAAGUGAAUUCUUUACAACAUAAACUGGGUAGAAACGUCGAUUCGAAAGAAUUCACAUCGUUCCUCAUCCAGUUGAUGCGGGGCAAGGAAGUCGAUGUGCCAGGCGGAGCCAGAGGAGACAUCGGUUCUCGCAUCACAACGAUGUUCAGAGACGCGCAAAUAGCUGCUCUCGCAAUGACUUCCCUAAACAGUAACCCGGAAGCAGACAGCAAUGGUGACAGUAAGGUGAAAACGUUUCCGGAAGCUUGUUGCAAAGAAUUUAUUUUACGUCUCGUAACGUCGAGGCCAUCGCCAACAUCCACUCCUACGCCGCAACGAAUGUACGCGUGUCUAAAACGGGACGAGAUUCGUCUCGCUGGGUUCUUCUCGGAAGAUACAGUAUUCCUGUAGUACACUUCGAUGGCACCGCUUGGAUUUAUUAAAUAGCUUCGGAGGUGAAAAGAGAAAGUCACGCAUCACGUAAUCCAAUUCCUCGAGCGCUAGUUGAGCAUGCAGGCGUAGGACCGGAUCUU